AGCCACACAACAUGGCUUCAGGUCAGUAUCCGUCGCGGAUCCAUUUGCUGCCGCUGCCGCUGCUGUUCCUCUUCCUGGGUGUAGCCCGAGGCCAGGGUCCCGUCCGAGUGCCGCCUCUGCAGCUGCAAACGCCAAACUUUGACGCCGAAAGCUUUGAGCGCUUCGAGGAUGCCGCCAACAACGGGCAAAACAACAACAAUGAGAGUGGCGAGAUGAGGCAGCAGCUGAAACAGCUGCUGGGAGAACAACUGGUCAACGCCCUUGCCCCCCUGGGCACGACGCCCUUCUCGCAGCUUGGCCUGCGCAGGCCGGGCAUUGUGGCACCCACCUCGGGGGCUCAGGCCCGGGCUCUGUUCACAGCCGAUGCGGAGUCGGAUUCCGGCGAGGAGGAUGAGAGCUCAUCCAGUGAAGAGGAGGAGCCAGCACCUCCGCCGCAGCCACAGCCACAACCGCAGCCGCAGCCUCAGCCAGAGGAGGAUCACGAAGAGGACUACAAUCCGUGGCGUGAUAAUUUCUACGACCUCAACGAAGACGGCAGCUACACUUUUGGCUACGCCCUGCCGCACGGCGUUCGGCGCUGGGAGCGCGGCUUCUACUCGGAGGAGCUGCACAGCCGCGUGGUGGAGGGUUUCUACGUGCAGCCGCGCCCCCUUGGCUACGAGCUGCGCUGCUACCGCUCCGACAUCCACGGCUAUCAGCCGCUGGCAGUGGCUUACCUGAGGCGAGCGCCCAGCGUGCGUCGCAACGAGCAGCCGCAGGUUGAUUGCUUCAAGAAUCAUCAGCGAUAGUCAGCGAUAGUCAGCGAUAGUCAG